UCCGCCGCCUCCCACCACCCACGCGUCCUCCCCUCCUUCGGCAGCCUCGCCACCCAAGCCUCCAUCCCCACCACGUUCCAGAGAUCACCACCAUUACCCGUUCGACAGAUAAAAACGGUGCCCCUCUCGAUUCCCAAAGCCCAUCAUCUCAACUCCCUCCCCUUCCAUCCAUAUUCGACGUUGUUUCUUCUCUUGGCCUCUUUGCCUUAACCCCGUCUCCGAUGGCUUCUUCCCAGGACCUCAAACAACGCACCAAACCGCACGACUCCUCCCCGGCCGACGCCGACGCCGGCGCCGCCGCCGCCGCCACGACUACCAAGGUCAAGCUGAGGCGCCCCGACAGGCGCACCAUGGCGAAGCGUGGCCUCCGCUCCCUCGCCCUCGCCGUCUCCCUCCCGCUCUCCCUCACCCUCAUCGAUAUCUACUUCUUCGGCUCUCUCGCCGCCGCCUCCGCAGCCGCCGCCGCCGCUGCCGCCGAGCCGGAGAGGCCGUUCGUCCCACCCCUCUGGAUCCUGCACACGCUGUGUGCCGUCUCCAGCCUCCUGAUGGGCCUCUCGGCGUGGCUCGUGUGGGCCGAGGGCGGCUUCCACCGCAGGCCCGUGGCGCUGCCGCUGUACCUGGCCCAGCUCGGGCUCGCCCUGGCAUGGGGCCCGGUGGUGUUCGGGCUCGGGGCGGGCCGGGUGGGGCUGGCGGUGGCGGCGGGGAUGGUCGCGGCGAUGGUGGGGUGCUACAAGACGUUCGGGGAGGUGAACCCGAUCGCGGGGGAUCUGGUGAAGAUAUGCUUCGCGUGGGCGGGCCUCUUGUCCGUCGUGAAUCUCAAGCUCGUAUCCAUGUGACUGAAAGCGAUGAUAGGGCCGCCAUGUUACGUAGUAGCAUCGGGCUUAGAAUUUGUGUUCUAGGGACUCUUUUGUUUCGUGCGCUGGUAUAGAACGUGAGUUGUCUUUUGUGGGUGAAUCUUGUUGAGAGUGCCUUGAUGUACAUAUGUUUCGAGGCUUCAUGUCUCGUCCCCUUGAGGAGACGAUAUGCGUCUGUUGGCAUCGCUACUUUGGGUUUGUUGUAUCAUCCUCGGCCAUUUGGCCACUUUGAAACAAUACCCUUUUCUAAA